AUGAGGUUACGUUACAUGCUCAAAAUGGCCUUAGCCGUCUCCUUACGGCGUGCUCUUCUAAUGCUACUGUCAGUAACUGUUUUUAUACUUAUGGUUUUAUAUUGGAACCAAGACGUUAUAAAACCGCAAACUUUUUCAAACAUCUUAGAGAAAUCAAUGAGAACUCAUGUUGACUUUCAUGAAUUUCCUUUACCAACAGAAAAAAUGUGGACAUACAAAUGUGAAGGGGACAGAUGUGUGCGUUACCAUUACUUCACAGUUGGAAAUGGAGAAAAGCGUGUUCCAUUUACAACAUGUGCAAUGACUUGUAGCGAUAUUAACAUAUGGCCACAUCCAACAAUUAAAACUGGAAUUAGUUCAAAAUCAUUAAAAUUCUCAGUUGAGGUUGUAAGACUGCAUCUGGACACGCCAUUUGUUGGUGUGCAAAAUCUCUUCAGAGAAGUGUUUGCAUUAUUUUUAAAAGACUUACGACAUAUUCAGAGACUGGAAUAUCAAGAUUCCGACACAACAACAAGCGAUGAUGAUCCUAACGUUGUUGCACAGCGACAUAGGCGGCAUCAAAUCGACAUGGACAGAGUUCUAAUGAAGAAAAAAGCUGAAAAUAUAGCCACUGCCGCUAUUCUCUCAAAUGCGUUUAACUUACGAAAACACUGUGAUAUUGAUGACCUAAAGAUAAACGUAUCUAUACGUAAAUUUCCAGAUAUUAAUUUAAAUUUUGAAACCGAUGAGAGCUAUCAGCUUCACACAAGUUUGGAAAAACGUCAAUUGAAUGUGCACAUCACUGCCAAUUCAUUUUUUGGUGCACGUCACGGACUUUCUAGUUUACAACAGCUUAUAUGGUAUGACGAUGAAGAUGACCUCCUUCGUAUACUC